UACAUACAUCAAUUACCUUCUUUUGAGUGUCAUUCCCAACUCAUCAAAAACUGACACGCUGAGAUGGCGGCCAACCCUUCCUACAAUACCAAGGCAACAGUAUUUGCCAAGCUGGGAAUGAGACUCUAAUAUCAUCUCUUCUAACAAAUGGGACCUUUAAAGGUACACCAUGUAGUACUGGAAAGGAAAAUCUUCACUGAUUGAUGUUUUUUUAUGCCUAAACAAAACCAAAUAAACAAACUCCUAGUUUUCACUACUUAAUAAACUCAACAGACAAACUGACCUUGAACAGAAUUCCAUACCGUUUUACUUAGUUUGGUGGACUCUGCCACCUGUAUAUAUUAUAAAAAUAUGUAUACUCAGGAAUGAAGACAAUAAAUAUUCCUAAAUUUGUAUUAUCACCUCAUUAAUAUUCCAGAGCUAGAUCUGUAUGCUUGACUUUCACUUUGACCAAGGUAAUAUUUUGACAUGUUAUCUUUACCUUUACUCAAGAAGGACUUUUAGCUAUACAACACUGUCAAAUGUAUCCAAAUUUCACAUGAAAUAUGAAUUGAAAUGACAUUAAAUAUUACAAUUGUAUGGGGGGGGGACAGCAUUUCUGUCAUCUUUGUGCUCAUAUCUGGGUUGUGAGACCUCAAUCCUUACUGUCAGAAAAAUAAAAAUGUUUGUGACGGUAUAGACCAAGCUGCAGAGUCUGUCCGUCAGAUUUAUUUAAUAAAUCACAAAGCAGCAUGAUGAGGUGAGCUGGGUUGCGUAAGGUUUCUCUUUUCUGGCGCGUUCAGUGUGCGCGUGCUUUUGUGUUUUGGGAGUGAGUUUGAGGGGGCGGGGCCAUAAAACAUUGUGUAGAUCAGAUGAUGCAUAGAACAUAUUGUGCAUCUCGCGGCCCGGCGCCGUGGUGCGUGCACGCGUGCGUGUGUUUACACCCGCUCGCUGUAGUAGAGCAGCCCCUGCCCCGGCACCACACACACGAGCGACACAUGAGUGGGCAGGACCGUGAGUGCCCGGGCCGCCGGCCAAUCAACGGCGAGUAAAGCAACCACUGGCUGGCGGGGUCAGCCAAUGGCAGGCGCCGCCGCCGGGACGUCAGCCAAUGGAAUGCGCGCAAAACGUGGGCACGUGGAUUCCCGCACAUGUUGAUGCUCGUAAACUGCCGAGAGAAAGAGCCAGCAAAGACACAAACCGAUGAGCUGCCGGGCGGUGUGUGUGUGCGUGUGUGUGUCAGAGAGAGAGAGACAGAGAGAGAGAGAGAGAGAGAGAGAGAGAGAGAGAGAGAGAGAGAGAGCUGAGGCUGGGCGCCCCGAUGCUGCUCCAGCUACGGAGUGUGUACUGACGGAUCCUUCGUAUCAAAGUGGGAGAUAGAUCCGCAAACGAUUGUUUUCUGGCAGCUGCUGUGUUUUGUCUCGCACUACUAAAGCAAUGCAGUCCCAGGGCAGCACUUCCUCUCAGCCCUCCUUCGACUCCCUGAGCUCCAGCGACAGCCUCUUGUUCAGCGAUUCUGAGCAGGCGGAGGACGACACAGAUGUCUUCCUGACAGACAGCUCUUCCUCCGUCAUCAUCGGCGGAGUGGGCGGGGCUGCAGCCAACAGAGACAGAGGAUCAGAGAGUCCCGGGUCCCAGUGGACGUGCGAUGGCUUCACUGAUAAAGAGGAAGAAGAGGAGUCGUACAGGUCAGAGAGUGGCGGCAAGGAUGAGAGAGAUCCUAGAAACCAGGUCCCAAAGUCAGCGGGAGACAUUCUGUUCGCUCAAAAGGUGAGGAAGGCCCAGAAAAGUAGAGAUGACAGAGCAUGUGUGUGCCGAGGAAAGCCCAGCAGACUGAUUCAGACAGCAAGGCCUAACCCAAACUCAGUAGUAAUUUAUCUUCCUUUGCUCUUCCUCUGUCAGUGUGCUGAGCUACAGGGUUUCGUCCGGCCCCUUCUGGAGCUGCUGAAUGGACUGAAGAGGGGCAGAUUUGACCGUGGUUUGAGUAGUUUCCAGCAGAGUGUUGCCAUGGAUCGAAUCCAGAGGAUUGUGGGGGUUUUACAGAGACCUAACAGCGGGGAGAAGUACCUGAACACUCUGCUGCAGGUGGAGGUAAUGCUGAAACUCUGGUUUCCUCAGAUCCCUGCUCAACCUGUCUCCACGGCCUCAAGCGUCACCACAUCCCCCGCUCGUUCCUUCCAAGGUGCUUCCUGCUCCACCCCGCCGCACAAGCACAGGGAUCAGUUACAUAUUCCCGUCAAGAAGCGCAGGCUCAGCUGGACAGGCACAGACUCCCCAGCGCCUUCCCCCGUGCUUCUGAAGUGUCCUCGAAUCAGUGCAGAAGAGAAGGGGGUGAAGCAAGAUGGUGACGAAACGGAUCCUGCGUCUCUUCCUCCAACACUGGCAGAUGAUGCAAACCAAAACUCACCAGAUGUGGCCGGUAACAGCCUGCUAAAUGUGGACACAAAGGGAAGGGACAGUGACAGCGAGGAACAAGGCAAGCUAUCAUCACAAUACAAAGCAGGUCAAAGCUCUGAGCCGAGCCUGACGUGGGUCCACGUUGCCCCCAUCCUGUCCCCUCGGAAGGCCUGCCCUUCACACGAGGGCAACAGUGAAAACCAGCAGGUCACUGCCGUCCUCCCACCAGUAAGGCGGGGCAGUCCAGCUACACAGGACAGCUCAAUCUCUUCUACCACACCUUACAAGCACCCCAAAAAUCUGAAGAAGCCAAUCCGGUGCCAAAGCCAGCCUGUUGCUGAACAACAGAGUGAGAGUGAGAGUGAGACCAUGGAGACCUGUCAGGGUCAAAAUCAACCUCCUCAUGUCACACUCAAGCCUUUGUCCAGGGUCUGCCCCACUCCCUUAGAGACUUGAUGCACUGAACAAGCAGAGAGCCGGCAGCCUGGCUUUUGUUACACCGCCGAGCUAAGAGCUGCUGUGAGAAGAAGAAGGGGAGAGGCUGAUGGCCUGUGAUCAUAGAUGCAUUAAAGAGAGGAAGGGGAGGACAGAACUGUAGGUGAUGGAUGUUGAAGACAAAUGACUGAUCAUCCGCAGCCCCCUCAACAAGACCAAAUUUACAAGUUAUUUCAAACAACAGGACAUAAUGUGUCUAAAUGAAAUCAGAGUUGAUUAUCACGAUAAGAUAAUAGUCUAAACAUUUGCACAUUUGGUUGAGGGGGACAGGAAAGAACACCUAAAGCUCAAAGGCUAUUUACAACUUUGUGAGUGAUGAGCAUGAGGAGCAAUUUUGAGGAGCAAAAAAAAAAGUUUGUCCUCAGCAAAAAAGCAAUCAAUUUAUUCAGAGAUGACUGUUUCGGACAUACAAGACAUACAAGUUGAGGGACACACUUCAUCUGGAAUUAGAGAAGCUGAUGUUGAUACCGAGUAUUAAAGCUUCCGUGGUUUAUAGUGAUGGGUUUGGAAUCAAUCCAGAGUGAGUUACACAGGGUGAUGAGCUGAAUUUGAUUCUAGUCUUAUGGCAGGAGACAUGUUUGAAUUUACAUUCACUUGUAGAUAGAAUUGAGUCAUCUGGCUUGAAGAGGAGACUUGACAUUGAAGUCAUUGAAAAUCUUGUAGCUUAUGACGUGAGACAUUCAGUGUACAGAAGGCAGCAUUAAACUGUACGUGUGGUGUUUUAGAAUCAUUGGGGACUGUGGAAAAAAUGAUGUCAUCAUUUACGAAUGUAAUCCAAGAACUGCUCGGGCGCUUGCUCAGCUGGCAGACCUGCCGCAGAGUGACAUCACAGCGAUCAGAGGUCGCAUAACAUUUUCGUCGCGCUGUGGAUCAGAUGUUUCUGUCCGGUCCUAGACUGCAAACUCAUGAAAACCCAGGGAAGACCAGCUGGAGGAAACAACGAAGGACCACUCACAAAGACCUGUGACUCUCCAGUCCCACAGUUAAUUUAUUAUGUAGAUCGGACACUGCUUUUAUUUAUUGUUUGUAUUUAUUUAUUGGGCAGCUGAAUAUGGCCAGCUGUGCACUCGCAUGGUCUGGCCUUACAAUUUGUUUGAGGCGAUUGGGAGGAUGCUGUUGACAGUUUGUUUGUGGUUUUUCAAUGCUAUCAAGAGUAGGGGGGAAAAAACUGAUGGAAGUGAAUUCUUAUGAUUGGAAUAUUGGACUACUGUGCCUUUUUUACCAAAUAGGAUGUGUUCGAAAAAAGCAUUUGGUGCUUUCAGUGCAUUCAUACUGCAUUUUGAUUGUUUGCUUUUAUUCCACAAAACCAGUACACACAUCCAAUCAUGAAAGCCUACAUGUAGUCAUCAUCGUCUCACUCCAGAAAUUACACACAAAACAAAACAACAGUAUCAUUGACUAUCUAUCUACUGGUUAAAAACCGGCGUCCAGCUCUGGUAUUGUUACAACUACAGUUAAUCCAAAUUGCCUACAUCUCUGACUUUUACGCUAACCAACAGCAGUGGCUAUGUUUUGUCAUGUAUUAUUAAACCGACAGUUCACCCCAAAUCAAAAAUACAUAGGCUGUUAUUCCUCUUACCUGUGUGAGUUGCAGAGUUUUGUAGAUAUCAGCAGUAAGGAUGUCUGCCUUGUACGUGAAGCUUUUCAGUCAUCCAGAUUUUAGUGCUACACAAAGGCAACUCGACUCGCUCGAGAUUUUGAAGUAGUUUCACCACUCAUCUGUUUGAUGAGCCAUGUCAUGGAGGAACUAUUUUCUUACUCGAGGGAAGGCAGGUAUACUAUAUGCUCGCAUCCUUGCAACUCAUGCGAAAAAAAUCUUGAUACAUAAAUAUCACCACAGGUAAGAGAAAAAACGUGUAUUUUUUCCCAUUUUUUGGGGGGGUGAACUGGGGCAGUGUAGCCUUCCUGUGGGGCUAUUCUUUUGGUUCUGAUCAACAGAGGAACAGACUGAUCUGCACUUACAGCUGGUGUUCUUGAAAACUUGAAAAAAGAAUAAUAACAGUAAAUAUUAAUGUAAGGGAGGAAAUCUUUAUUUGCACCAUCCUCUACUGCUGCUGCUAUUCUAAUUCCACUUCUAAUUUAGAUGUUUGAUAGGAGGCUCUCUCUUUAUUUGGAAAAAUCUGCUCACAAUAUUCUUCUAAAUGUAGGAGGGGGUCGUAGCGAUGUGAUUGGAUUUACCUAUAUUGCAAAAGUAUUGUAAAUAUAAAAAGACAAAAAUAUUUUUAAAUUGGUAUGAGUGAGUGGUUCAUACCCUAUUUACAUAAAUG